AUGGACGGCCACAGCAAUGUCUCACUCUCUCACGGUGACACUACACUGGGCUCGCUGGAGUACAAGGUGGUCUCAGCGUUCCUGGUGCUCCUGGUGUGCACCGUGGGCAUUGUGGGUAAUGUCAUGGUGGUCCUGGUGGUGCUGACGUCACGUGACAUGCACACACCCACCAACUGCUACCUGGUCAGCCUGGCUCUGGCUGACCUCAUUGUGCUGCUGGCUGCGGGGCUGCCCAAUGUCUCUGGCAGCCUGGUGGGGCACUGGAUCGAUGGCCAUGCUGGCUGCGUGGGCAUCCCCGACUUCCAGCACCUAGGCAUCCAUGUCUCCUCCUACUUCAUCCUGGCCUUCACUGCAGAGAGAUACAUCGUCAUUUGUCACCCAAUGAGAGCACAGACCAUGUGCACUGUGGCCCGGGCCAAACGGGUCAUCGCAGGCAUUUGGGGGGUCACGUCCCUCUAUUGCCUACUCUGGUUCUUCCUGGUGGACCUCAAUGUCCGCGACAACCGGCGCCUGGAAUGUGGCUACAAGGUGUCCCGAGGCCUCUACCUGCCCAUCUACCUGCUGGACUUCACCAUCUUCUUCAUCACGCCCUUGCUGGGAACCAUCAUGCUCUAUGGAUUCAUUGGGAAGAUCUUAUUUCAGAGCCCGUUGUCCCAGGAGGCCUGGCAGAAGGAGAGGCAGUCCCAUGGGCAGACCGAGGGUGCACCGAGCAACUGCUCUAGGUCCAAGAGCGCCACGUCCUCCAGGAAUCAGGCCACCAGGAUGCUGGCUGUGGUUGUGUUACUUUUUGCAGUGCUGUGGACCCCCUACCGCACUUUGGCCCCGCUCAACUCCUUCCUGGCCCAGCCUUUCCUGGACCCUUGGGUCCUACUGUUCUGCCGCACCUGUGUCUACACCAACAGCGCUGUCAACCCUGUCAUCUACAGUCUCAUGUCGCAGAAGUUCAGGGCGGCCUUCCUGAAACUGUGCUGGUGCAGGGCCCUGCCCAGGAGACUUCCCAAGGAGCUGAGAAGAUGCAGCGGGGCUCCGGCGAGGUCUCAGGUCUGA